GCGUUUCUAUUUAUGCAGCCCCUAGACUCCUCUCUCGCCCCCGCUCGAAAACAAGGACUACGGCCAUGAAGGUCCGGUCAUGGCUCGCCACCUGCUCCUCCUCCUCUUCCUCCUGCACUGCCACCGCCGCCGACGCCACCGUCCCUUUGUCCCUCUACCAAUCGUCUAACGGCGGCACAAGCCCCUCCUCCGGCUCUCCGAGCGGCGGCACGUCGUCAUCAUCCUCCUCAUCGUCAAGCUCAACCUCUCGCGACACCAGCAGCAGCAGCAUCGAGUCCAACCUCUCCCUCCAAACGCUACCGUCCGUCCCUUCCCUCCAAACCCCAACCACCGAAUCCCUCCACCUCUCCGUCUCUCACCACCUCCUCUACGCUCUGUCUGCUCCUUGCCUCCUCCCCAUCACCUGCCUCGCCCCCCACGGCAAGCUCCUCUACGCCGCCUGCGGCCACGAGAUCCACGUCUACGACACCUCCGAUGGCUCCGCCGGCGGCGAGAUCUCCCGCAUCGACGCUUUCAACACCCGCGCCUCAUCCUCGGGCUCCGUCAAGUCCGUCGUCUUCUGCGGUGGCCGGGUCUUCACCGCGCACCAGGACUCGAAGAUCCGCGUCUGGCAGGCAGCGGCAGACGGGCGGCACGGGCUGGUCGCGACCCUCCCCACCGUAGGCGACCGCCUCCGCCGCUUCAUGCUCCCGAAGAACUACGUCACGGUACGCCGCCACCGGAAGCAGCUCUGGAUCGAGCACGCCGACGCUGUCUCCGCCCUCGCGGCGAACGGCGGCCUUGUCUACUCCGUCUCCUGGGACAAGACCCUCAAGGCAUGGCGCGGCGGCGGCGACAGCGGCUCCGAUCUCCGGUGCCUGGAGUCCGUCCGGGCCCACCACGACGCGGUCAACGCUGUGGUGGUGGCCACCGACGGGACGGUCUACACCGGGUCAGCGGACAAGAGGAUCCGGGUCUGGGCGAGGCAGACGGGCGAGGAGCGGCACUCCCUGGUGGCGACGCUGGAGAAGCACAGGUCGGCGGUCAACGCGCUCGCAUUGGCCGCGGACGGGUCGGUGCUGUUCUCGGGCGCGUGCGACCGCUCGAUACUGGUGUGGGAGCGAGAGGACAGCGCCAACCACAUGGUGGUGACGGGCGCUCUGAGAGGGCACGCCAAGGCGAUCCUGUGCCUGACCAGCGUCUCCGAUCUGCUGCUCAGCGGGUCGGCGGAUCGGACGGUGAGGAUCUGGCGGCGGGCAGCGGAGGGCAGGUACUGUUGCUUGGCCGUGCUGGAGGGCCACCGGAGGCCCGUGAAGUCGCUGGUUGCCGUUUCCGGCGGAGACGGCCUCGUCACGGUGUUCAGCGGAAGCCUGGACGGCGAGAUUCGAGUGUGGCGAUUCUUGGUUUCGACCGUCGACAAGGGCCGGCUGGGAUCUUGUUGAAAUUUGAAUUCGUGAGGCAAAAUAAAGCGAAUAAAUUUUGUAGGACGAAAAAAAGAACUUAGAAAUUAUGGUAUAAGCUGUUUUUUUUCAGGCUUUUUUGUGGCACCAUCUUGUGAAUAGGUCCUUUUUUUCCCCUCCUUGAAGAAAUUGUUGUCAAUCAGAGUUUAUACUCUUAUCAAUUUCAUGAUUAUAUUUAUUGAUAA